AUGGAUGAGACUUGUUUCCAGCUCGGUGUGGCCACGUCCACAAGAGGGCCCUCUCAAUAUGUUCAAGAUGAGAGAUUUGGCUCUAAAGAUAAAGGCGAGACUGUAACUGUGGUGGAAUGUGCCUCAGCAACUGGAGAAGGCCUUCCAGCCUACGUCAUCUUCCCGGGAGUGGUCUUUAUGGAGAGCCGGUAUCGUGACGGCGCACCAGAUGAUUACCGAGUCAACAUCUCUCAAUCGGGCUAUAUCAAUGGAGAAAUAGCACUGGAUUCGCUUCAGAAUCACUUCGACAAACACACCAAAGCUAAGGCAAAUGGCAGCCCAAUCCCAGCUACACUUCCAAAGGGUGAACGCUCUGUUAGCCGAUUUAUUAAUAAAUUAGCUAAGAAGGAGGCCAAGGGCAGUAUUACUCUCCUAGAGAGUAGUUUCUUGGAAGGUGUUCAUCUUAUGUACCGAGGCUAUUGGCAGCAAGCUACCGAGAACGGCCUAAACCGACACACUGUCAGUACUAGACUUAGUGGCACCGCGCGUCCUAAGCCUAACAAACGGCAGCUUAGCAAGAGUCUUGGCCCACAUGGACCUUGUGACGCUAAAUCUAGCAUUAAAGAGAGAAAAACUAGGGAAGAAAGACGAGCAGCGGCUCGUCGACAGAGAGAGGUUAGCCAGUCUCAGCCUAUUUUAGGCCUGGAACACCCUCCGCCGGUUCGGUCAACGAGUCAAAUUGGAUCUCCAAGGCCUCAAGUAUCCGAGGAGGAACGCAGAGAAAUAGAUAAGCGGUUGCAUGGAGUGGAUUACUACAAAUGA